GGUAGGCCAUUUCCUGUAACUUUCGAGGUGCAACUCACGUUUAUCCAGGCCAGAAGCUCAUUCUCCUCCUUAAAUGCUAGUGGUAGUUCAGUUCAUUCUACACUUAUCGCAUUUCAUUUUGAUACUGUUUUGCGAUUCACUAUGGUAAACUUGCGACAGGCGAUCUCAGGCUUUUCAAUCAUCGUAUCCCUCCUACUACCUCCCGCUAGCCAUGUGCAGGAGGUUGAUCCGCCUACAAAGUCAGUCGCCAUCGUUGGCGCUGGGAGUGCUGGGUUGGCGAUACUGAAGUCACUUUUGGACUUACCGGAGGACACAAGGAAAGGCUGGGAUAUAGUCCUGUACGAGCAGCGUCGGGAUGUGGGAGGCAUAUGGCUGCCGGAUCCCAAUCCUGCACAACCCCCAGAACUGCCUGAAACUCCCUUAUAUCCUCUUCUUCAUACAAAUACACCGGUUCCGACCAUGACUUAUCCCGGAUUUCCCUUUCCACCCAACACGCCCCUAUUUCCGAGCCAUGAGCACGUUGAACAAUACCACCGAGAUUAUGCAAAUCAUUUUAGUCUGGUGCCGUAUAUCAGGCUGAACCAUACAGUCUUAUCAUCUUCAUGGAUAGGCAAUUCGACGGAUGGAGUGUGGAAGGUUGUUGUUCAGGAUCAUAAUCGCAACAAGAUACUUAAAGAACACGACCAUCUUAUAGUCGCUAAUGAACACAACCACAUUCCCCGCAUACCCAAGUUCACUGGUCAGGAUAAAUGGCUUAGAAGCAGCCCUCGGAAUGGACCAAAACGAGAAAUUUUGCACUCGAUUUGGUACAGAGGACCAGAGCGAUUCAGAGACCGCAGCGUAGUAGUUGUAGGCUCUGGCAACAGUGCACAAGAUGUGACUUCUCAAGUGUGUUUAACGGCUAGAAGAACAUAUCAUUCAAUCCGCAAUCAUUCCGCUCCCCCUGUGGUGACUGACGUGAUUGUCAAGCCAGAAAUAUCUCACUUCACUUCGACAUCCAUUGUUUUUGUGGAUGGGUCUAUCGUUUCUGAUGCAGACUUUAUUAUUUUGGGAACAGGAUAUGAACUUCGAAUACCCUUUCUGGAGGAAGGUUACGAGCUCGCAGUCAAACCUGAGGCGCAUACCAAUGAAACAUAUCGGGAAGGCUUGGUUACAAACCUGCGAUAUCUCUUUCCUCUGCAUCAGCAUAUCUUCUCUUUGUCACCAUCAUAUCCCACAAAUGCUUUGGCCUUCAUUGGUCUUCUCAGAAAUACUUCACAUUGUCCAUCGAACAUCGCUCAAAGUGUCUAUGUUGCCCAUGCGAUCGCAAAUGCAAGCUUGCUCCCAGAUCGGGAAGACUUGCUUCAACAGCUAGCGGCUUCUGAAAAGCGCCUAUAUUCCCUUGGCUAUGAUCCAUAUUAUCUUGGCCACAGCUUACUGAAGUGGUUCCAGUUCGACUAUCAAGAUAAUCUCAAAACAUAUCUCCAGAAGCAUGGUGCUUUACCAGAGGACGGGAAGAAAUUUGUAGAGGGUUGGCGGCGAGAGGCGCCCGAUUUCCAGUACCUCAAGCGGGGUUGGAAACGAGUGGAAGACUUGGGUACUCAGCCCGAAUGGCUUGGUGGAAUUAUAACUGAAGAAGACUGGGCGGGUCUCUUGAGACGCUUAAAUGACUGGCAAGGUAGAUGGGAGAAAGAACAUGGUCUGGUAUAUCCUGCAGGGCUCAUUUCUUAUUAAUAUACGCGUACCUGUCAUUAUUGAGAUUUCAUGUGAAAUCUAAUGCCAACUGGAAUUAUGAUGUGGAUCCUACCGCCUUUGACCAUGUACUUAUCACGCGAUCGAAGUUCUCACUCAGCCAAAGAAGCUGAUAGUAUGUGGACGUAUCUGUUCAUCUGGGUAUUUCUGGUAGGCCACAACGUUCCCGGUGGCUAACGUUUAUCCCAGUCAGAAACAAUACCUUUAUGGUGCAGGCAUCUCAAGGUAGCACGCCAUCGUAUCUCACGAUGAGUUCAGCCUCGCUGAGUCCGCCUUACUACAUAAUGCUUUAAAUGCAGCAAGGUGCCGUCUUUUCAGUCAUCGCGUCGCUUUUGCUUCCCCCAGCGAGCCAUGUGCAGGAGGUCGACACUCCUUCGAAAUCGGUCGCCGUAGUUGGUGCUGGGAGUG